CAUUUCUGCGUCUUUUUUCCACCCCUUCAAGAUCACCGACAAAAUAAAUCGCCAGCCAAAAAGGCAGCAGUGAUGCAAGUGCGGCUGGAGCCGAGCCACAAACGAACACGCAGCUUCGAGCGAAGGUGUCUGACUCACAAGGAUUGACUGCCAACAAAUCGAAGAAUGGUGCCCACCACGAGCGACUUGGACGAGAUGGAUGCCGUCACGGACUCGGCGAGCGAUCGCUCUAGCCUCGACGCACUGGAGCUGGGUGCGCGGCUGUCACAGCUAUCCCGCGCCAAGGUGGCCGUGGCGCUCAACAGUGUUCACCACGUGCAGAUGUGCACGAGUUACGACCGAGAGGAGCACGUGACGGUGUACGUGCUGGACGUGUUCCUGCAGUCGGCGCCGAGAGGUCUGCCGAGCUGCAUCGCGACGACGUCGGCGUCAACAACUCAGCACAGGCACAAGGAGAGCAAGCGCGAACGCAGGCGGCGCGAGCUGCGCGAGAAGGAUGAGCUUCGCGCAGACUACCAGGUGGAGCACCGCUACUCGACGUUCCGUGCGCUACGCGAGCGCAUCGGCGAAGUUGUGGUGGCGCCCAAGGACAAGUCACAUCCGCAGUGGUGUCCGUAUUGCACGCGUGUGCGGGAACUCGUGAACUCGGGCGUGUUUCCGUCGCGGUUCCCGAAUGGCAGUGUAGCUACCGUCAUAGGCUUACACAAGCUGCUCGUGCGCAACCGUGAGGAUCGGCUGGAGUCGUUCGUGAACUUGCUGCUACGCGCCGCCAAGGACGUGUCUUAUCGCUCCGGGUGCAAUCCAUGCGGCCGGUUCGAGGUAGUGUCGACGCUACUAAGCGACUUCCUGACGGAGCCGCACCUGCGGACAGCGGGCAGCGCGUGGUGACGGAGACAUCCAGCUAGACCAAGGGGUCGGAACGAUCCCGGAGAGCCAGCCGACCAGCGAGGAAGCGUGGUUGGCAGCGGCGCAGUAGAUUAGACACGGAUUUGGUGCAUCGGUUGGGUGUAGUGGCGUAUAACUUGGCGUAAACGAACGUGCAGCGCGCGCCUGGAUAUUCACAUAAAAGUUUUACCGCCGUCUCACUCACAAUGAUGGGAUACUGCACGUUUGCAUCUCUACUUUUAUAAAAUUCAUC